AGUCUUAGGGUGGGGCAACAAAGGAAUUUGCUUUCUACUUUUGCGCCACAAAAGUGUUCAAUUGACAAGAAAUUGAUUCCUCACUCCUCUUAAGUCUCAACACACACAAGAGUAGUAAAUGAAACUCCACCCAAAAAUAAAUUCUCAUUAAACAUUACUACUACUACUGCUGCUCUUCUUUCCUUUCAUUCUUUCUCUUUCUCAUUAUAUUUCUUAUGAAAUCAUUCAUUUUUUGCUUACCGAAAUGAAGACAACACCCUUACUCAACAUGUCCAAAUCUAAUUUCCCAUGGUCAUCUUCAAGGAAAGUCCAAAAUGAUGAAACUUUGGAUCAAAAACCGGAGGAAAAUCAGGACAAAUAUCCACCAAAUCAUACACUUACUGAUCUAAAUGCAAGGAAAAAACUACAAGCAAUUGCAGUUUCUAGAAUAAGGUCAGUUCUUACAGCCUUAAGUAUCCACAAAUCCUCUUCAAAUUUCCCUAAUUUAGGGUCAUGCCCUAAAGUUAUAGGUACCCUUUUUGGGUAUAGAAAAGGGCAUGUUCAUUUUGUGUUUCAAAGGGAACAUAACUCAAUUCCAGUGUUUUUUAUUGAACUUUCAACUCCUAUAACUAAUCUUGUUAAAGAAAUGGCUUCUGGGUUAGUUAGAAUUGCUUUAGAAUGUGAUAAACAAGAACAGAAAUCAGAGAAAAGGUUUAAGAGAAGAAGAUUGUUGGAAGAACAAGUUUGGAGGACUUAUUGUAAUGGGAAGAAAUGUGGGUUUGCUACAAAAAGAGAAAUUGGGGCUAAUGAAGCUAAGAUUUUGAAAGCUAUUGAGCCUAUUUCAAUGGGGGCUGGUGUUCUUCCUGGGUUUAAUGGGUCUGGAGCGGGUCCUGAUGGGGAGCUUAUGUAUAUGAGGGCCCAAUUUGAAAGGGUUGUUGGGUCUAGAGAUUCUGAAGCUUUGUAUAUGGUUAAUCCUGAUUGUCAUGGUGCUCCUGAGCUUAGUAUCUACUUGCUUAGAGUCUAAGAAAACUGAAACCGUGUGACAUGACUUGCUAAUACUGUGUUUGGAUGGACGGAAAUAAAGAGAAAGAAAGGUGAAAGGAUUUGAAGAGGUGAGGAAUCCUAUAACAAAAUGAAAGGAAAGUGAUUUGGAGGAAUUAAAUGGAUAAGUUUUGUUAACGUAUUAAUCUUUUCGGGUAGAAAGAUUUGAAGGCAAAAUUCUCAUUUUACUUCUUUCCUUUCCUUUUCUUCUAAACAAAUAAGAUUUACUUCCCUUUCAUUCUCUUCCAUUCCUUUCCCUUCCCCGUUCUCUUUCUUUUCUCUCCAAAGUCGUUAUCAUAAUCAAAAAGCAAAUUACUCUCAUUUUGAGCUAUUUUUGGCUCGUUUUAAGCGAAUCGGGUAUUUAAAAUUUAAAUCAGCUAGCAAAUCAUGUAACACAGAAAAAGACAUAACAAUUAUAACUAAUCUCAAAAGUGAAAAUAUUGUAAGUUGUAGUUUUUUGUCUUCUACUUUUGGUUAGGGUGGAGACUAAUAGAAGUCUACUAGUAGUUGACAAGGAGUUGAUCUUUUGUGGUAUAAAAGAGAAUUGGAGAAGUGGGUUUUUAAUUUUUUUUUGUAGUAGUAUUUUGUUAGUUUUAUGGGAUGUAAUGUAUACUGGCAAAUAGAAAAACAAUGAAGGGAAAUAGGUAUAUUAUGGGCAUGGUGGUCAAAUUAACUUAAUGUAAGAUCUUUCAUGCUAUGCAACUCUCCAAUUGGUAUAUUGUUAUGGCUAUUUUGCAUAUAGUUUUUCCUAUGGGUUUGUUCAUGCUUUAUGUUAUUCAAACAAUUUUUUUAUGCAA